UUAAGCCCAGGGGUUUCGCACUCUAAUCCAAGACAGGUUCGAGGUACCGGCCCCCUGAGUUCCUGCGAUUGUUUGGCAGUUGAGUUGGCUUACCAUGGUGGACGUGCGUCUGAAGACACUGCUGGUGCUGUUGGUGCUCUCACUGUACGUGCGCGCCUCCAAGUACCAGGCCGAGACCGAAGACAACGACUUUGCCGACUUUGAGGAGUUUGACGACGACGAGUUCGAAAAGCCGUACCAGACCAAGGAGGAGCCGCGGGAGCCAGAGAGGAAGACAACUCCUAGUCCUGUACAGGAUGCCGUAUUGGACGACGACGACGGGCUGGUGGAGACAGAAGAUGAAUUUGAACAUUUUCAAGAUGAGGAGGAGUUUGAGGGUUUUGAAUCCGCAUCUCCAAGUCAAGGCAGCAAGGAGCAGCCGAAAAUAACGAUUGCGAAUGUUCCUGUCCAUCGCUCCACCAACUGGGACAAGUUCUACGUGGAGAUGCUGAUGAUUGCUGGCAUCGUUGUCUACUUCAUCAACUUCGUGUCCGGGAAGACUCGGAACCAGAAGCUGGCGAAUGCCUGGCUGGCCGCCCACAAGCCACUGCUGGAGAGCAACUUUUCACUAGUCGGGGACGACGGUAAGGCUGAGCCGGGCGGCGGCGCCCUGCUGAAAGAGUCUGAGAACACGUACACGCUCUGGUGCAGCGGCCGCGUCUGCUGCGAAGGCAUGCUCGUGCAGCUCAAAUUCCUCAAGCGUCAGGACCUUGUGUCUGUCAUGUCCACCAUGAUGAAGUCUGCCUCAGACCAAGUAGAAAUAAAGGUCACGAUGAAUCCGGAGGAGAUGGACACCUUUGUGUUUUGCUUAGCCAGCAAGAAGUCGGCGGCCAAGCUGGCCAAGGAGAUGACCGACCUGAACACGUACUGUCCGGAGCGGAAGUCGGCAGAGCGGCACGGCCUGCCAGCGCACUUCUCGCUCAUGUCAGAGAUCCACGAGGCGACGGCGGCGGUGCUGGACUCGCGCGUCACGGCCGUCGUCAACAAGUACCCCGACCUGGUGGACUUCAUUCACGUGUCCGAUCAGUACUCGGGGCCGAAGCAGAUCGACGACUCGGCGCCAGUGGAGCCGCCCAAGGUGCGGCCGACGCUGGCGUUCGGCUUCAACCUGCCGGGCCGCGGCCGCCUGCUGCCAGCCGACGUCGAGACGGUGCGGCCGCUCAUGCAGCUCGUGCUCUACAUGGUGGACCGCAUGAAGCGCUGCAAGCUCGGCAGGGAGGCUCGACUGAAGGCGGAGAAGAACCGACUGCGCGUGCAGGAGGCGUACCUGAAGCAGACGCACCAGUCGCGCGCCGAGAAGGCGCAGGCCAAGCGCGAGGAGAAGCGCCGCCUGGAGAAGGAGCGCAUCAUGGAGGAGGAGGACCCCGAGAAGCAGCGCCGCCUCGAGGAGAAGACCGAGAAGCGCGAGGCCAAGCGACGCGCCCAGAUGCGCCAGAUGAAGGUGAAGGCGCUGUGAGAGGCGCCGCCUUCGGUCGGCUGCCGUGCUGGCCGGCCGGUCCUGCCCGCCGCGCUGGUGUGUCGCGGCCAGCGGCCGGCGGCCGGUGUCGGACGUGCGGCCGCCGGCUGACGCCAUCGGCACGUCUGUCUCCCGGAGCGUCUGGUCUGCAGUCACGGCGCUGGUCUUCCUGCAUGGUUGAGUGCAGGUUGACGCUGGUCCGUGCCCCUCCGUUGAAACGAUCCUUCUGCUGGCUUCAAGUGCGCUCCCAGAACUCGCCGUAAAUGACGGCGCAGUGCUUGUCAUUCGCGGCUGCCCCUCGGCUCGGUCCGGCGAAUGAGUUGAAUGAGUUUAUCUCCUUUGUUAUUCAAUGGUUUGGAGCUUCUAUUUUGUUGAACUGCCGCCAGGGUGGCUCCAUGUGUUCGUUGAUUGGUCAACCGUGUUGUAAAAUGACUAUCGCCCCAUUACCUAUCUGCAUAGGUCAAUACGCCGCCAACUUUCAUCCCUGGCAUGGUUAUGCUUUCGUUAGCUGGAAUUGGCGUGAACUUGACGGUUUACCUCGCCGAGAGGCCGGGCCGUCCUGUUUCGCCAGCUUCCGGCGUGGCCGACGAAGUUUGGUUGGCAUGUGAUGUUACUGCUGACUGGCGUGCCAACAGACCCACCUGAUGUACUUUCAACCUGUUUUUGUUCAGCUGCCGCAUUAUUUUGUAGACUGUCGAGCAUUCCGUCUCAUUGAUGGAUCCCGGAGAUUUACGUAACAUUUGGGCACACUCCUGUCAGCAGCGUGUCUCGCGUCGUCACUAAGACCGAGCCGUUCGAUUUGUCCCGUUUGGAUCUCAUGAUUGAGUGCAGUGAUGUAGUCGGAAACUCAAAAAUAGCGAAAAUCUGCCAUCGAGCGCGUUAUGAAACCGACUCGGCGCAUUCUCCGGAAUUCGUGUAGCUGCUUUGCUCCGGUCUUUCCUCCCCAGCCCCCCCCCCCCCCCCGCCCCCCGUCCCACAGGAGACCAUCAGAUGGCACGGCUCCCCUCAGAGGAGUGCGGCCGGACCUACGACCGGUCGCGGACUGCAGCCCCCGUCGGCAUCGCUUAUGUGUGGUAUUGGUGCGUGUGGGGUGC